GAAAAAGGUUAAUUAUCAGAAGCUGAGAUGCAAUUUCCCUGUGGCACUAUACUUGUGUUUCAAUCCAGAUUUUUCAAAAGAAAGGUGUUGUUCAUUUACUUCACAUGUAUAUCCACUGUCCAGACUACUGACUGUCUGCACUUGAGGGAGCAAUGUAUUAAUGCUGGAAACGGAUGUGAGAGUGUCUGGAAUGUGGUUGAAGAUGCCUGCAAUAUUUCAGUUCUAGGUAAUGGAUGCAAGGCAGAAGACACUGUUGGAUGUAAUAGAAUAAUCCAGUUCCUGGCUGAUGAAUACCCAGAAUUUAGAAACUGUGUCUGUACUACAGACAAUAUCUGUAGCAUCACAACUUUGCUUGGGAAACGGUGUGGCAUUAAUAAAGACUAUUUGGAGUCUGUCCCAAGCUCAGCCCCUGAGCCGGGUGUCGGGCAGGAGCCGAGGCGCUCGGAGGAGCCGGGCCGGCAGUGCAGCGUGGCGCGGCGGCGCUGCCGAGAGGAGCCGGGCUGCUCGGCCGCCUUCAGGAGCUUCCAGCGGGCGUGCCCGGCAGCGGCGCGCACCUGCAGCACCCCCGAGCCCGCACGGUGCGCGUCAGCCUGGGCACGGCUGAGCAGAACAGCCCUGGGACGCUGCACCUGCUCCGAGCCCCUUCAGGCCACCUGCAUUAAAAUCUGGAAGGGAAUAUUUAACAACCCUUGUUUACGGUACUCUCGGGAGAGCCAAGCCUCGGGAGCUGGGGAAAAUGAUGGCAGUGAUGAUGACUAUAAUGCUGAUGUUGAUGGUGAGAAAAAUCUGGUCACUGACACAGACAAUAUUAGUAUGGAAACAAAAUUACAAUGGGGUUUAUCUGCUCUCUCCAAACAAGCAUACACAACAAACAGAAGCUGUCUGGAUGUGAACAGGGAGUGCGUUGAAGAUGAAGUGUGUAACAAGCAGUUGUCCCUGUACCUUAAAGUUUGCUCAGUAAAUAAAUGCAAUGUGGAAGGCUGUCAAGCAGCCAUAAGGUUCUUCUAUCAAAACAUGCCUUUUGAAGUUGCCCAAAUGAUGAUAUUUUGUGACUGUAUCCAGCAUGAUGAAUCCUGCCACAGAGCCAAAGAACUCCUCCAUGGCAAGCCCUGUGCAGUUCCUGUAGUUCCACCCCCCUCGUGUCUGAAUGUAAUCCACACGUGCGAAGAGAAUGAAUUGUGCAGGAGAAAAUACACAACUUUUAGGUCAAAGUGUUGGAGACAUGUGACAAAAAAAUGCUACAGUGAUGAAGCUUGCCUUGAAACUUUAAUCAAGGAUGACAUGCCCUGUUCUGCCAAUGCUGAUUGCAAAGCAGCCUAUAUCAGCAACUGGGGCACGAUGCUGCACAUGGAGUGCACCUGCCAAAAUUUGCCUCUUGUGGAGCAGCCUUUGUGUGAGCUCUUCCAUCACAUGCUGCACAGCAAAUCCUGCUUCAGUGACUUACGUCAAAUUUCUAUUCAGAAGAAGGAUUUUCACUGGGUAAAUACAGAAAUGCCAGGGGAAAAGCUUUCCGGAGCACAGAUCCAUUCUUCUGCAGUUAAUGGUGAAAAUAUCUACAUUAUUGCUUACUCCUCCUGUAUAGCUCUCAUCCUAGGAAUAGUCCUGUUGACUCUCCUAAAGAUCAGGCAACACCCGAAGUGCCUAAUUGUCAUCUUGCACUCUACUGGGAGUCAUGGUCCCUAAACACCAUUCUGGAUCCCACUUUGUGGCUAUGAGCUCUGGAUUUCUCUCUAUAGCUGAGUUGUUUUGCUAGAUUUAAGCUUCUAUUUAAUACCAGCGAGUUGUCUUUGUUAAAUGUUUGCAACAAUCUGGUCCUGGUGAGCACAGCAUAAUGGACUGCCAUUUCUUAUUCAACUGUUACCAUGAAUAGCACGUCUUGUCUUGUUAUAAUAGCAUCUGAUUAAUUAACUUUAUUUUGAAUGUGAUUAGUUUUGUUUGUAUUAUCACUAUAUGUAACUCACCUUCAGUUUUGACCAUGAGGCAACUGAUCCAGAGCCACAUCUAGUGCUGGAUGACAGAUGCAGGACUAGAAAUUAAUGUGGUCAGAAAAGCAAGAAUCCCUACUCUUCGAUGUGACUUGCUUCUGUCUCUGGUAGCUUGCAACAUUAUUACUGUAGAACAAAAUCUGAAGUGUGCAGUUCUGUUGGGGAAAGGCUUAGAAAUCUUAAAUAAUUGUUACAACAUAGAUUUUCUCUAUUAUCUGCAUAAAACAAAGAAUGUCCUUUUUGUUUUGCAAUCAAAUGUUCUGCCAUUACUAAAUCAGCAUUUGGACAAAAAUACAGAAACAGAAAAGUGAAGUUUGUUAAUGAAAAAGAUCUCCUUUAGCAGAACAGCCAUUUGCAGCAUCUGGCUUAACUCUCAUCAAACUGGUAUGUUCAUAUUCUUCGUUUUAAAGUUGUGAAGUGGGAAGACUUCAAACUGAAAAUACUGUUGCGAAUAAGCUGGAUAAAAUCAUUUAAUUAUACAGGAAAUGUGCUUCUGACAUGAAACCUGUGCUGGUUUUCUGUCUGACUUCAAAAACCAGUGAGCCCUCCAUGUCACAAAAUUUGAAUUCAGAUUUAACUAACCUCAAUGAAAAACAACAAAAAAAUUACCUUCUGUCUUAGAAACUUUUUCUUAUUAUCUUAUACUUAGAAACCUAACUCAUAUAUGUGCUUAGACACACACACACUCACAAACAAGUAUGUAAAAUGUAUUUGAAACUGAGGGUGUUACUCUGAGAGACAGCAAGAUAUUUGGUGGCUAUUGUGUUGUUCUGCAAUUUUUACAGGCUUCCUCUUAAGAUAUGACUUAAAUGCUUCAUGGGAAAAGUACAUGCCCUCUACUAUAUGUGUAAAAAGUAGUCUGUCAAUUGUGUCUAGGUGUUAGUUAUAAAAUAAAGGAAUUUCUGCUGG